UCAAGUCAGCUGCUAAGAGACAAGCCAGGGGAGGGGGAAACACACACACUCUUUCUCACUGUCUCUCUCCCCUCCUGUGAGGUGCCAUUAUCCAGAGCAGAGGAGUCUCGUUCAACACGAAAGGAUGACCCAGGGAAAGCUCUCUGUGAAUAACAAGCCUGCAAACUCAGAUGGACAGCAGGGAAGUGAAGAGAAGAAGGACAGUGCAACUGUCCCAUCCGCGCCUCCAACCUAUGAAGAGGCAACCUCAGGGGAAGGGCUGAAAGCUGGAGCAUUCCCUCCACCUAUGAACGUUCCUCUCCACCCCAACUGGGCAUAUGUGGAUCCGAGUUCAAGUCCUAAUGAUGGCAGAGGAGGAUACCCAGGGGACACUGAGAUGAUCACAUCUUACAGUUGGGAUGACCAGAUUGUACGCAAUGCAUUUAUCAGGAAGGUUUACACCAUACUCUUACUCCAGCUGCUUUUUACAUUUGGCAUUGUGGCUCUCUUCACCUUCUGUGAUCCAGUCAAAGAAUAUAUCCGGUUAAACCCAGCCUGGUACUGGGCUUCUUUAGGUGUUUUCCUUAUCACUUAUUUGAUUCUGGUCUGCUGCUCCGAAGUCAGGAGGUACUACCCAUGGAACCUGAUUCUCCUGUGCAUCUUUACUCUGUCUAUGGCUUAUCUAACAGGGAUGAUUUCCAGCUUCUACAACACCAAGUCAGUCCUUAUGUGCCUUGGGAUCACGGCACUGGUAUGCUUCACUGUGACCAUAUUCAGUUUCCAGACCAAGUAUGACUUCACCUCUUGUGCAGGACUCCUCUUUGUGUUGGUGAUGGUGUUAUUAUUUAGUGGGAUCAUCCUUGCCAUCAUGCUGCCUUUCCAUUAUAUACCAUGGCUGCAUACCAUUUACGCUGUGUUGGGUGCAAUUGUAUUCACGAUGUUCCUGGCCUUCGAUACACAGCUGUUGAUGGGUAACCGCAGUUAUGCGCUGAGCCCUGAGGAAUACAUCUUUGGAGCCCUCAACAUUUAUAUUGACAUUGUCUACAUAUUCACCUACUUGCUGCAGAUCACUGGGUCCACCCAAGAAUGAGCACGGCAUGCCUGCAAGGUUCUGUGUCUGAUGAAAUAGAGAAACAGAUAUAUGCACAAGUUGAUGUAACAACAGCAAAGAAAGAAUGAAUGGGGGAAAGAAUUAACCAAUGUCUCUGGCCUUUCACAGCAAGCUCCGUUCCAUCAGAUGAGCACCUGCCACUCCCUGGCCUCGAGUUCCUUUUUCAGCCUGUACAUAAAUGCUGUGAAAUUUUGUGUGACUCAAAAAAAAGCAAUCUGGGGUGUAAAUGCUA